UUGUCGUUUGUGAUUGGUUCUCCAGCUACGCACAUACCGCUUAAAGACCAGUGCUCGAUAUCUUGUUGAGAACAUUGUCAUCGUUGAGAACACUCUUGUCGUUCCGUUCUAGCAACCAUGGACGGUCACCACCCAAUGCCGCUGCAUGGUCAUGACCCUUCUCCAUACCAGAAUGGUUAUAAUGCAGGAGAUGAGUUUGGCAACGUCAUCUCGAAUGGUGGAGACAGUGACCACUACGCCAAUUGGUUUGACACUGCUUCUCAUAUUCCGAAUCAAAAUGCUCAAUCAGAUCCCUACAUGAAUUGGCAAUCAUCGCAUACUGGACUGGACAACUACAACCCCCAAGCCUUUACAAAGAGCUCAUCAAAUCUCCAAACUGUGCCCUUUGCUGGCUAUAGCAACACUCAUCAGUACUCGCACUCCUACGACCCUUCGCUAGUGUCCAGCACAACGAAUGGACCGUCUGCAUUCGACCUUGGUCACUCUCCGUAUGGCCACCCUCAACCAAUACAGCAUGGGACUAUUGCCCCGCAAGCUUUGGAGCAUGAACGUGCCCACGUGGCCCGAACAAGCCAGACUCUGGACCCUCAAUCAUAUCCUCGUGCCACUACUACCGAGGCCACUAGCUACACCAAGUCUGUCCCUCAAGCACCGCCAGCAGAUCAAGCUGCUCUUCACGAUGCGAUUCCGGCCGGUACUCGCGUAGGAAACUUUUGGAUGAAAGAUGCCGAUCGACUUCAUCAAGCAACCAAUUCUACCCGAGUCACUCCUUAUGUCGCUGUUGGCAAGACCGAGUAUGAAGUCGGUAUCAAUAGAGCCACCGUUCCGACACCAGCACGUAGGCAUUCAAGGAAACAGCUCGCCAAAACCAAUCCCAAGCUCAAAGCAAAAUUUGAGAGGCCAAGAGUACCAAAGACCUCAUCUGCAGGAAGCAGCCAGCCAUCAAAGUCCGUGAAGCAGGAACACUCAAACAGUGAAUCCGACUCGUCCGAAUCAGAUUCUGAUUCUGAGUCUGAUGAGGAGCCCGAGCCCUCUCCUCUGCCAGCACAGCGACCAGAAGAUCCUCGGGCUGGUGUCGGAUAUGAUACCAUGAAAGCGUUGUGGGAGAGUCGUCAUACUGGUGUUGCCGCUGACAGGAUCAGAACUGGUAUGGUGGAAUUCAAUGACGUUGUGACAACCAUAAGAAAUCGAUUGAAAGCCGAUUCUACCGCUUUGCUCGAGGCAGUCGAUCGCAAAAAGGUCAGCGAGGUGCCUCUUCUGAGAAGCAGAGUGAACGACCAGCUUGAGUUAUUGAAGGUUUCACUGCAAACUGCAAUCCAAUACGGAAACAGAGAUAUUCUAGGACAGCUCGGCCACCAUGCUCAGCUUAUGGCUACCUUCGCGUCACUUUUGAUUGAUCGUAUAAAGGCACCUGAUGUCAACGGACCUGUGACGCGCUUGAUCUUGGAGGUACUUGUGCGCUGCGACAAUCUGUCCGCACAGACCUACAGCGCGACAAAGUUGCAAAAGUGUAUCACCAUGUUGAACAACAAAGGAAACACAGAAACGCGUGAAAUUUGCGAGCGUAUUAACCGCAACGUCACCGGAGCGCCAAUGAAACAACCAAGCAGCGAACAGUCGGGCGUAAAAUCGCCUCCCAGCAACCGACCCACUCCCGAGCCCGUCGCUGGCGUGAAGCGCGCUGCUCCUGGCAGUGCAUCUUCUGAUCAAGCCUCGAAAAGAGUGCUUGUGACACCCGGAGCAGGCAAUGCCGUAUCUAAUGGCGCUGCAAAGACUUCGGUCCUCAAGCGCGUGCUCCCUGUUGGUAGCAACACAAAGCCUGCUACCGCUGUCAAGCCUCCUGUCGGCGCCGCUGUAAAAGCAAAGCCAAUCGCCGCCAAAUCAAUCAUCUCCGCCGCUACUGGCGCAGGUGUGAAGAAGGCAGUUACUAAGACUGCUACCCCAUCGGUGGUUGCUGCAGCAAUUAAAUCGAUCGAGAAGAAAGCUGCUCCUGCUGCCCCUGCCAAACCUGCUUUCUCAUUCGCAGAGACCAUGGCAAACCUCAAUAAAAGCAAGGAGAAGGAACCAACCCCACUCAAGGCAGAGGAGAAACAGGCACCGGAAACACUGGAGGAGAAGGCAAAGCGUGAACGUAAAGAGGAAAGACGUAAGCUGCGUGUCAAGUUCAAGCCUGAUAGUCAACUCGUCGAGACCAGGAUCUUCCAUCACGAUGUUGAUGAGGAAUUGGGCCAUGACGCAAGCAUGAUCCGUGACGUGAGCGACGUAGGUGGUGAAGGACGCAUGUUCAAGCAGCACAAGGACAUGAUGGACAUCGACGAAGACGACGAAAACGCCGUGGGCGAGGAGAAUCUCGGAGAAUACGUUUCACCAACAUUGACUGAUUUCAGCUCGGUGGACGUUGAGGAGCGAAAGAGAAACUACAGCCCUUACGGUGGAGGCGAGCUAGAGCCAGAGUCUGCAGAGCGUAUCAAGCGUGAGCAGUACGAGGCCAGCACUUUAAUGGUGUUCUACACGGAUGCAAAUGACAUACCAUCCUGUCCACGCGAGCCAGCAGAACCUUACAAUGGGGAGGAAACAAUCACAAAGGCCUUUGGACCUUUGGACACACAAGAACCGCUUGCUACGAGAAUUGCCAAGCUUGCGGGCCCAGCUCAACCUGUCCAACCUGUGCAACCCCAGCAGUCGAGCGCUGCACCCGACAUCUCCGCUAUCCUGGCCCUGAUUAACCCGCAAGGUCAAGCGCCGUCUCAACCCGCUCAACCCGUCCAGGCUCCAGCACCUGUUGCCGCACCUAGUCAAAACCAGGAUCAGAUGGCCGAGAUCCAGCGAAUUCUGGCAUCCAUACCACAAGCACAACCUCAGCAACAACAGCCUCAACCUGCUCAAGCCCAGCAACCGGUUCAACAACCCGCACAACCUAACAUGGCCGCGGACCUUGCUGGCAUCUUUGCCAACUUGAACCCUCAGGCACAAGUGUCCAACAUGUUCCCUCCUGCUCAGCAGCUUCCCAUCAUGGAUCCAAACCCAGCUGCUUUUGCAGCCCUGUUCUCACAGCUCAACCCAGGUCAAAAUGGUGGACAAGGAGCUAACUUCAACCAAUUCCCCUAUCCUGGCGCAGGCUUUAACAUGCCCAACAUGGGAAACUAUCCUGGACAGCAGCAGAACCAGCAGCCUCCCUACGAGAACGAAGAGCGCCGCCGCUGGCGUGAAGGUGGGGGUGGUGGUGGUGGUGGUGGCGGCGUGGGUGGUGGUGAUAACAACUCCGACCACAGUCGCCGCGGCAAGCCUGGAAAGAAGGGAAACACAUUCACUGACAAGCGCUUUACGGUGCCUUGCAAGUACUUCAAGAAGGGCCAAUGCCAGAAAGGAGACUCUUGCACAUAUCGACAUGAAUAUUGAUGACGACCGAGGCAUAACACAUUUCCAACCAAAGGAGUACAACAUUGUUGUUUCGCAUUGCACGGUUUUCGACAUUGCAUGGAUUGGCGUCAUCUGAUUGAAGUUUCAGCUUUUUGGGGGGCAUUAUCAGACCUGCAUCUGCGCAUACAGGUCCGGGAAGGUAGACAUCGUCAUUUUCGUUCAGAAGAACGUGUAGUAUUAGCUAUUCAGUCGCUAUCAUAGUAUCAUGCAUACACUGCAUUAUAACAACGAGCCCCAAAAUAUGUUGGGCGUCGUUUCAUCAUCUGAUAUGACCAC